CCCCCUGGCGGCCGCCUGACGCCGCUCUCCCCGCCAUGGGGCCCCCGGGCCGGGACGCCUGGGCCCAGCGCCUCGCCGCCUUCCGAGCCAGCCCGGCCGCCCUCCUGGACGGCCCCGACGGCGAGCGCGUGGGCCGCGAGCUGCUGAGUGACCUGAGGAGCGAGAAGCUGGGCGAGCCGACCAAGGCCUCCCUGCUGGCCCUGAGCAUGGAGUUCGCAGCCCAGCUGUGGCCCGACGCCGCCGCGGCCGAGGCGGCCGCCGCCUCCCUGCUGGACACCCUGGUCCUGCUGCCCCCGCGGCCCUCGGCCCUGCGCCGGCCCCUGCUGCUGGCCGCCACCGCGGUCCUGGCGGCAGGGGGCGCCCUGGGCCCCACCUCGGGGGCGUCGGCCCGGCUCCUGCCGCUGCUGCUCGGCCUGGCCUGCGGCCGCGACGUGGGGCGGAGCUUCGGCCCCGCCUCGGAGCAGCGCGCCCUGCAGGCCGCGGCGUGCGAGUGCCUGCGCGAGCUGGAGAGCUGCCGGCCCGGGCUGCUGGGGGGCGCCCUCGGGCCGCUGCGGAGCCUGCUGGGGCAGGGGGGCCCCGUCCAGCCCCUCAGCCUGCUGCUGGCGCUGGCGCUGCGCCACGCGCUGGCGGCCGGCGGCGGCUCGGGGGCCGGCGUGCGCAGCCUGCUGGCCGCGGGGGUCUCCUCCGGGGCCGGCGCCUGGGACUGGACGCUAGCCCCAGCCGAUGCCCCCCUCCAGCCCCAGGCGCCCUGCUGGCCUGCCGCCGAAGGGGAGCAGGGCCCUGCAGAGGGCGAGCCCAGCCCCGAAGACACCCGCGAGCUGAGGGCCACUGUGGCCCAGCUGCUGGACACCUCGUACCUGCUCACUCCCGCGGCCCAGGCCCAGCUUCUGUGGCUGCUGGGCUGCGGUCUGCGGGCCCAGCCGCCGGUGCUCUUUAAGCCACAGCUGGUUCGCUUGCUGGGAACCGCGCAGCUGGCCCUGCUGCACUCUGUGCUGGCCCUCAAGGCGGCCUUUGGUGAGGCCCUGUUCACCGCCCAGGACGAGGCCCUGCUGCUCCGCCGCCUCGCCCUGGCCGCCCAGCACCCGUCCCUGCCCCAGCCCACCCAUCUCUUUUACCUGCACUGUAUUCUGACCUUCCCCGAGAACUGGCCCCUGGGCCCCGAGGGGGAGGAGGCGGCCCCCCUGCUGCUGGGACCCCAGCUGGGCCGCAGCCUCAUGCCCAGCCUCCUGCACGAGCCCAUGGCCCUCCUGGCCCGCCUGCACUUGCUGUGUCUGCGCUGUGCUGAAGAGGAGGAGGAGGAGGAGAGGGGCCCAGCUCAGAGCCCACGGCGGUACCUGGAGGAGCUCCUGGCCGGCCUGCGGGGGAGGGCGGCUCUGGAGGGGGGCCCCCGGGCACUGGCCACCCUCUGUUUCCAGGCUUCCUACCUGGUGGCCAGCCGCCUGGCCGGGCAGCCCACCGUGGUAACGCCCUUGAUCCACGGACUGGCUCAACUUUACCGCGCUCGGCCUGCGCUUGCGCCUCACUUUGUGGACCUGUUGGAUCAGGUGGGGCCUGAACUCAGGGAGCCCCUCAGAGAGGCGCUGAGGCAGGAAGUCGUGUCCCAGCCAGUCGGGUCUGAAGCUCUUCGCUGGCAUCUGCAGGUGUUGGCAAAAGUGGCAGAAGGGGACACUCAGAACGUCACCCUCGGCUUCCUGCACGCCGCAGCUGCUCACUGCACCGACUGGGGCCUGCAGCAGGCGCUCCUGCGGGUCUGCCGGGUCCUGCUGCAGAGCGGCGGCGGCGCCGGCCUGGCGGAUUUGCUGCAGGCGCUGGCCAGGCAGCUAGAGGACCCUGAUGGGCGCGAUCAUGCCCGCCUCUACUACAUCCUUUUGGCCCACCUGUCAGGGCACAAGUUGGCGAUGGCUCUGGGCCCCUCAGUUGCUGCGCCCGCACUGGCCUCCUCGUUGGUGGCUGAGAACCAGGGCUUCACAGCGACACUGAUGGUACAGGAGGCCCUGGCCCCCAUCCAGCUGAGCCUGGGGCCCCCGAGGGCGAAAGGCUCGCUCCCCGUGCUGCAGCUCCAGGCGGAGGCCCAGGAGCCCGUCUACUCUCUGGAGCUGCGCUUCCAUGUGGACGGGCAGCUCUAUGGCCGCUUGGGGGCCGUCCACGUGCCCUGCCUGGCUCCCGGCCGCCCCACCCACCCCCUGCUCCUGUCGCUGCAGCCUCGGUGCCCAGCCCCCGCGCGGCUGGAGGUCCAGGCCCUCUAUACCACCCCUGCGGGCCUCACCUGCCACGCCCGCCUGCCGCCCCUGGCCGUGAGCUUCGCCCACCUCUUCCUGCCCUUUCCCCAGGCUCCCAAGGGGGCCGAAGCCGACUUCUUUGAGGAGCUCUGGGACUCUUGCCUACCAAAGGGUGCAGAAAGCCGUGUGUGGUGCCCACUUGGGCCACAGAGCCUGGAGGUUUUGGUGGCCCGCCACCUAGCGCCCUUUGUGGUAGUGGCCCAGCCUCCCGCCAGCUACCACAUCGCGGUGCGGCUGCCCCCGGACUCCAUGCUGCUGCUGCGGCUGGAGGCGGCCGGCGGGGCUGGAGUGCCUGUCGCUCUGCGGACAGACGACUGGGCUGUGCUGCCCCUGGCUGGCGACUACCUCCGUGGACUUGCGGCCUGCUGAGGGCGCCCAGGACGCCGGGCGGGGCAGGACCGCGGCCCUGCUGGGGACUGACCUGAGACAGGCUGAGAAGGGACCGGACUCCGGGAGCGCCUGUUCCAUAAAAACCUGCGAUUGCCAGUAACCCUCAUUGAGCUUGUUUACUCUUGGACCCUGGAUAGGGACAGGCUCAUUGGGGUGGGGUCAUAGGCCCCAAGAAAGCUCCAGACUAGGGCUGGGUAUUAGUAGCUCACGAGUAUAAUAAUCCUUGCUACUCAGGAGGCUGAGAUCUGAGGAUUGGGUUUCAAAGCCAGGCCAGGCAGAAAGUUCGAGGGACUCUUCUCUCCAAUUAACCAGCAGAAGCCAUACAUGCAGCCGUGG